CAGGUCUUUCCGUCCGUGGGCCCCGUGGCACAGUGCUUACAGUGCCCGGAGUUCGAGGGCUUCGAGCUUUUACGAAGAGAUUGCUCUCUCAUUUCUCGCUCUCCUCUUUUUCUCGGACUGUGAUAACUUUCGUCCCUCCUAUUUGUGCUCAUCUAUCUUUUCUUUCUCGAGCUCCUCCUUCGUCCUAGGGUUUGAUGAUCCUCUACUCUCUUUCUUGGCAAAUGGGAAUUUUGUACGUCGUAGGUAGACAGAUCGGUUUUUGAUAUCAUUUAAGUUCAGAUCAUAGCUCUUUAGUUGUAGCGCUCCUUUGACACGGAAGGAACUGGGUCAGUGGAUAGGAAGGCAAAUUGGAAAGAAGGAAAAGCGGAUCAACUAUUUUUUUAAAAAUAUCUUGACGAGGAGCUAUGGAUUCCGAUGCAGACAUGGAGGACUAUGGGUUCGAGUACUCCGACGAGGAGCCAGAGGAGCAAGAUGUAGAUAUUGAAAAUCAAUACUACAAUUCGAAAGGGUUAGUUGAAGCUGAUCCCGAAGGGGCUCUCAAGGGUUUCGCGGAAGUGGUGAAGAUGGAAGGAGAGAAAGGAGAAUGGGGUUUCAAAGCUCUAAAGCAGACAGUAAAAUUACAUUACCGUAUCGGGAAUUACAAGGAGAUGAUGGAUGCCUACAGAGAAAUGCUCACCUACAUCAAAUCAGCAGUUACUCGUAAUUACAGUGAAAAGUGCAUCAACAAUAUCUUGGACUUUGUAUCUGGAAGUGCUAGUCAAAAUUUGGAGCUGUUACAAGAGUUCUAUCAAACCACCCUAAAGGCUCUUGAAGAAGCUAAGAAUGAGAGACUAUGGUUCAAGACCAACCUGAAGUUGUGUAAACUAUGGUUCGACAUGGAAGAGUACGGCCGCAUGAAUAAGAUUCUGAAGGAGCUACAUAAAUCUUGUCAAAGAGAGGAUGGCUCAGACGAUCAAAAGAAGGGAACUCAGCUACUUGAGGUUUAUGCCAUAGAGAUUCAGAUGUAUACUGAAACCAAGAACAACAAGAAACUGAAGCAACUAUACCAGAAGGCAUUAUCCAUAAAGUCUGCCAUUCCUCACCCUCGCAUUAUGGGGAUAAUACACGAGUGUGGAGGAAAAAUGCAUAUGGCAGAGCGCCAGUGGGCAGAAGCGGCCACUGACUUUUUUGAUGCCUUCAAAAACUAUGAUGAGGCUGGGACUCAUCGUCGCAUUCAGUGUCUCAAAUAUCUCGUGCUGGCAAAUAUGUUGAUGGAAUCUGAAGUCAAUCCUUUUGAUGGUCAAGAGGCCAAGCCAUACAAGAAUGAUCCAGAAAUUCUAGCCAUGACAAACCUUGUUGCAGCUUAUCAACGGAAUGAGAUUCUUGAGUUUGAGAAGAUCUUGAAGAGUAACCGGAAGACUAUCAUGGAUGAUCCGUUCAUCCGGAAUUACAUUGAAGACCUACUCAAAAAUAUUCGUACCCAAGUGCUGCUGAAGCUUAUCAAACCUUACACUCGAAUUCGCAUCCCUUUUAUUUCCAAGGAACUUAACAUACCAGAGAAGGACGUGGAGCAAUUGCUCGUCUCUUUGAUACUGGACAACAGAGUGCACGGUCAUAUUGAUCAAGUCAAUCAGCUGUUAGAGUUGGGAGAUAGGUCGAAGGGACUGAAGAAAUACACCGCUAUUGACAAGUGGAACACGCAAUUGAAAUCUUUGUACCAAACAGUUACUACCAGGAUUGGCUAAAUGCUGGAGGGUGUUUUUGUGGUUUAACCCUUCAAUGGCAAGAGUUGAUAGAAGCUAGACACUGUGUUAGAUUAAAUCUACAGUACACUAUUCGGCGAGUUUCGAAAUUGGGCGCUGGCCUUGGCCAAUCCAGCAAUUUCCAGAAGUUUGCAAGUAAGCAGGAAUGGACAUCCACAUGCUGGCGACGAAGUUAUGAAAGAUGUCAUGGAAAUCUGCAGGCAUGGGUCUCGAGAUCCAUUCAUUAGUCCAUGAGCGUUCGUAUCCAGCCGAAUAAUACUGAUCAUUGGCUCUAGUUAGAAUUCUACGUUAGAACUUGCAACCGCUUUAGACAACAUGGGCUCUUAGAUUCCUAGCCGUUUUAUCGAGGGACUCAAGUUGUUGAUAAGUCCCGUACUUGAUCAUACAUCUUUGUACGCAAACCCGCAAAGUUGAAAGUGACAUGGAAUUUGGAGAACGUUUUUCAAAAAUCUCCAGUGCUUAUUUCUAUGUUCGUGUUACCAGGUUUUUUCAGAUUUGUAUUUUAUCAUAUGUUUAUGGGUGUAAUAUUCUAUUUCACCAUGAAACCUCAGAGACCUAGUGUAGAUUUUGUGUUUCAAGUUUACUAUCGGAAACUGCUUUCCGUAUCUGCGUUCAGUAUGCACUACAUGUAUUUCUCUCACGAAUUUCUGUUCCAGUAGGUUGUCUCAUAUCCGACAACACGUGGUUCGACAGUGAGCACGUUGUCUC